CUUACAUCUUCAGACCAGUUGGUUCCACGGUUGAGACAAGUAACCAUCAGAGAAGUAGAAAAACGUUAACUAAUGCAAAUUUCAUCUCUAUAUAUAAACAUCAUCAUCAAAAGGAGGAGUAUAAUAUCACUUCAUAGAAAUAUAAUAGUAAAAGAUAACAAAAAAAAAAUAGAAUGGCGCUACAUGGAGAUUCUUCCGGCGAGUUUGACACCAAGUCUCCGGCGGACAAGUUAUUUACAUCUUUCACCGACGACAUAAACAACACUUUUGACAUCAUAUCGAAUGAGAAAAUCACUGAGUAUGUGGGGUGGGAGAAAAGAACAGUGACGCUGAGUAUGAGUGGAAAUCUUGUCUCGGAUAGCUACAAGAAGUUCAAAGCAACCAUCACGGUAACUCCCAAGGCAUACGAGGCCGAUGGUAGCCGCGUGUUGUGGACCGUCGAGUUCGAGAAGAUCCGCCAUGACGUCGAAGAUCCAGUGUGGAUCAUCGACAGUCUUAUCAAUUACUUAAAGGAGAUUGAUGGAGUCUUAAUAUAUAGUCUUUUCUAAAUGAACUGGAACCUAAAUAUGUGUUGUCUACGUUCGCCAUAUUGGGAUGUAUGAACUACGUUUGAAGAUUUGUAAUCCUUCAUAAUGAACAAAUGAUUUGGGAAUCAAAGACCUCCUUUGUUAUCUCCUCUUGGUCUUAGUCUCUUAUAGUUUCCAUUUUCCAUCUCCGUCGGACUAAAAUCUGAAUUAGAACCAACCCUCAAUAUGAAACGGCCGGUUCAAGUACCUGGUAAACGUUGUAUUACUAUAUCUGAACCGAAUUCAAGGAACCCAAACUGAAGGAUUAUGUUUCUUACUAUUGUUUACUAGGGGUAUAACCCCCGCGCAAGCGCGGAGCCGGAUAAGUUAUUUAUAGUUGUGUAGUUUUGUGUACGGGAUUUUGUCGUUUAUUUUUUUUUCCACUUUUGUUUUCCCGUGUUGUAUAUAAUGGUGAUGAACAUAACAUUUGGAAGUCACACAGUUUGAUUAAGUUGAUAUAAGAAUGACCGGCGAAUUCAUAUGCAUUAUUUUCGUAAUGAUUUGAUCGACCAUUAGCUUUAUUAGCGCUUUCAUGUUCAAAAUAUAAAGUUUAUGAAGUUGUUUAGU